AAAAGUAGUAUUCCUGAAGAUGGCUGAUGCCUUUGUGACAUUUGCAGUUAAAAAAUUGGGUGAUUUCCUCAUUCAGGAAGUUUCCCUGCUUACAAAUCUCAGAGAUGAAGUUAGAUGGCUGAGAAAUGAGCUACUCUUCAUGCAGUCUUUCCUCAAAGAUGCAGAACUAAAGCAAAGUAGAGAUCAAAGAGUUCAACAAUGGGUGUUUGAGAUCAACUCUAUUGCAAAUGACGCUGUUGCUAUACUAGAGACUUACAGCUUCAAGGCUGGUAAAGGUGACGAUGGAUUUGCUAGUUGUCCCAAGGCUUGCGCUUGCAUCUGUAAGAAGGACACCAAAUUCUACAAAGUCUCCAAGGAGAUCCAAUCACUCAAGCAACGAAUUAUGGAUAUCUCUCGCAAGCGAGAGACUUAUGGUAUUACAAAUAUCAAUAAUAAUGCAGGAGAUGGACCAAGUAAUCGGCCAAACAGUCAGUCUGCCAUGGUUCCAACAUUGAGGAGAACUACCUCNACCUCAUAUGUAGAUGAGGAUCACAUUUUUGUUGGCUUUCAGGAUGUUGUAGAAACAUUGCUAGCUGAACUUCUCAAAGCAGAGCUUCACAGAAGCGUCAUCUCCAUUUAUGGUAUGGGCGGAUUAGGCAAGACAACUCUUGGGAGAAACCUAUACAUCAGUCCUAAUAUAGUCUCUAGCUUCCCUACACGUGCUUGGAUAUGUGUUUCUCAAGAGUACAACACCAUGGAUCUCCUUAGGAAUAUCAUAAAAUCCAUCCAAGGUUGCACCAAGGAAACUCUAGAUUUGUUGGAAAAGAUGACAGAGAGAGAUCUAGAAAUUUACCUUCGUGAUCUUUUAAAAGAACCCAAAUACCUUGUGGUGGUCGAUGAUUUAUGGCAUAGAGACUAA